AAGACCGGGUCAGGGGCUCCCGGAAGUGCUCCUGCCCCUUACUGCCUGGCACCUCUGGGGCAGAACAAGCCAGGCGAAGGGCGCCUGCGCAGGGAAGGCUGAAGAAAUGCACUGUUCUUGCUGCCUGCUGCUGCGGGAGGAGACCUUAUGGGGGAAGCUAUCAUUCUUCUCUACAAAAGAGCUUUUUCUCAUCAAUCGCGGGUGAUUACAGUUCUUCCUAAAAAGGUCACACCUCUCGGAGUUUGUGAUUCUCUAAUGAUUCCUAGCAUGCUCUAGAUGAGAUUAAUGGGUCCUCUCGGCACUCUUUCAGCCUGUACUUCUAAGAUUUACCAAAUGCAUGAAUGGAAGGACAGAAAAGCAAUUAAAAAAUCAAUGUGCCAUUUGAUGGCUGCUCUUUUUCUAAAGAGAUUAACACUACAAACUGUGAAGUCUGAAAAUAGUUGCGUUAGAUGUUUUGGUAAACACAUCAUGCAAAAGACAGCACCAGCACAGUCGUCCCGUAUUGCUUCUACCCCGAGACUCUCCUUCCUAAUUCAUGCAGAAGCCUUCAGUACCACUGAAGACACCCAGAAUGAAGGAAAAAAGAGAAAAAAGAGUCAAACAGCUUUUAGUAACGUUGGAAGGAAAAUUAAUCAGCGAAUUAUUCACUUAUUUGAUGAGAAGGGCAAUGAUAUGGGGAACAUGCACCGAGCAGAUGUGAUUAGACUCAUGGAUGAGCGAGAGCUGCGACUGGUUCAAAGGAACGCCAGCACAGAGCCCGCACAGUACCAGCUCAUGACAGGACUGCAGAUCCUCCAGGAGCGGCAGAGGCUGAGGGAGAUGAAGAAGGCUAGCCCCAAAACUGGACCAACCCCGACAAAGGAACUGACUUUUUCUUCAAAUAUUGGACAACAUGAUUUGGACACAAAGACUAAACAGAUUCAACAGUGGAUUAAGAAAGAACGCCAAGUCCGGAUUACUAUAAAGAAAGGAAAAAAUGUAGACGUGUCAGAAAAUAAAGUGGAGGAGAUAUUUCAUCAAAUACUCCAGACUAUGCCUGGAAUAGCUACAUUCUUAUCUAGGCCACAAGCUAUUCAAGGAGGAAAAGCUUUAAUGUGUGUUCUUCGUCCUUUAAGCAAAAAUGAAGAAAAGGCAUGUGGAGAAACUCAAAAGACCCAGAAAAGAGACACUUUGAACCAAGACCAUGGAAAUGAUAAGGAAUCAAAUGUUCUGCAUCAGUAAUUUUAAUAAAGAAAAGUAUGAUCUGAGAGAAA